AGCAACGAGAUUGGGAUGAAUCAUGAUUUUCACAUGGAAGAAGUUUUACCUCCAAACAGCCUGGAAGGCAAGGUCAAGGAGAAAAUGCACGAUGCCUUUUGGGAUCAUCUUAAACAGCAACUAUCAGCUACUCCCCCAGACUUCAGCUGUGCUCUUGAGCUUCUGCAAGAAAUUAAAGAGAUCCUGCUCUCGCUGCUGUUACCACGCCAGAACCGCCUAAGAAGUGAAAUCAAAGAAGCUCUGGACAUGGAUCUCCUCAGGUGGGAGGUAGAACGCGGGGCCCUGUGUGUCCUUCACCACUCUAAGCGUGUCCUCAACAUGAUGACUCUGCUGUGCGCACCAGUUCGGGAUGAAGCCGUGCAGAAACUUGAGAAUAUUGCAGACCCCGUUUGCUUACUGAGAGGGAUCUUUCAGGUUCUGGGCCUGAUGAAAAUGGACAUGGUAAACUAUACUAUCCAGAGCCUUCAGCCCCACCUACAGGAACAUUCCAUCCAGCAUGAACGGGCUAAAUUCCAGGAACUCCUCAACAAGCAGCCUAGCCUUCUCGAUCACACCACCAAAUGGCUGACCCGAGCGGCCGCAGACCUCACCGCGCUGCCUCCAACUUGCCCUGAUGCUCCCGACUCCUCCAGUAUGGCCUGCCCAUCCCCAAACGAGGCAGCCAACAGCCCAGAGCCCGUCAGCCCUGCCAUGGUGCUAUCCCAGGGUUUCCUGAACCUUCUUCUCUGGGACCCUGAAAAUAAAGAGUUUCCUGAGACCCUGCUGAGGGACAGAGACCGGCUGCAGGAGCUGCAGUCCCAGCUUCACCAGUUAACCGUCCUGGCCUCAGUCUUGCUGGUGGCCGGGAGCUUCUCUGGCAGUGUUCUGUUUGGCUCACCUCAGUUUGUGGAUAAGCUGAAAUGCAUCACCAAAGCCCUCAUGGAGGAGUUUAGCUCCAGGCCCGAGGAGGCUAUGCUGACUGUGAGUGAACAGGUGUCUCAGGAAAUUCAUCAAAGCCUCAAGAACAUGGGCCUUGCUGCUCUGAGCAGUGACAGCACGGCGUCUCUGAUUGGACAGCUGCAGAGCAUUGCCAAGGAGGAGAACUGCGUCCGCAGUGUCAUCGAUCAGCGGAUCCAUUUGUUUCUCAAAUGCUGUUUGGUCCUUGGUGUGCAGCGGUCUCUGUUAGACCUCCCUGGAGGCCUAACCCUCAUCGAAGCAGAACUGGCCGAACUGGGUCAAAAGUUUGUCAGCCUAACGCAUCAUAAUCAGCAGGUGUUUGGCCCCUACUACACAGAAAUCCUCAAAACCCUCAUCCCGCCAAGCCAGGAGCUGGAAACAGCGGUGGAGUCUCUCUGA